AUGUCCCUCUUCAGAGCAGGUAGCUCCGCCUGCUUUCGGGCGAGCAGAAUUGCUGUGCCUAUCAAUGCACGUUUCAUCUCCUCGCAAAACCGUCCUGGUGACUCCGGUGUCAAGACCAGCCCUGCAGACGCACCUACCACAACCCUUUCAGAGAGCUCGUUGGUUCGCAAGGAGACGCCAUCCGAAGCAAUGGCUCGUCAUCAGCCCGAUUAUGAGGCCACAAUUGACCAUGCUACCUCACAAUUCUCCCCUGUGCCUAAGCGUGUCAUGGACGGUAGCGAGCCUGGUGAAACUGUGGCUGCUGCUGUUCUCUCCGGGGCUCCUACGGACCUUCAAGCUCGAACUGUUAGGAUCUACAAGGCUACGAAGGCUGCAACGCAGUCCGGUACCUGGCACGGCCAUCACUGGAGAAUGGACUGGGAUAUUCUGCAGAAGGGUCACCGUUGGGAGAACCCUUUAAUGGGCUGGCAGUCUUCCGCCGAUUUCAUGCAGGGUACCCACCUGAACUUCAAGUCCAAGGAAGAUGCUAUCUUGUUCGCGCAGAAGCAGGGAUACGAGUACUUCGUUCAGGAACCCAACGAGCGCCGCUUUGUCCCUAAGGCUUAUGCGAACAACUUCGUCCACGAACCAAAGAAGCUCAAGCACAUCAGAACCAAGUGA